UUUCAGCUCUAUCUGCUGGAAGGUCUGUUCCGCUGGAACAAGAAUCGGGCAAAAGCUGCAGUGAGAGACAGCGGUCCAUUCCUGCAUACGUACUCUGGAGAGCUAGUGUAUGCAGUCAAUGAAAACCAUGAAAAAUUGUUCGGCACAAAACUGGUGCCUGGAUUCACUCCACCAGGAACCUACACAGGAGAGUUGAUUGGAGUGCAAUACCUGUUCAGGCAAAACAAUCAGGCCCUGGAGGACAUGUCUCCAGACUCAGACAGGACCUCACAGUUGCUGGAGGAGAUAACAGAGGAGGAGCAAGGGAGAAGGAUGAGGGAUUUGUUGACACACUGGGAGAGGAAGGCAUUGUAGUAAGUCUAGUGGUACCUUCACCAACUAACCUGCCAUCACCGUCUCUGCCCAGUGCCAUGCCUUCUUCUGGGGUACCGCUGCAUAGACCCUCAAUCUUUCCUGUUCCCUCAGCAAUGGUAAGAUUUCCUGUUUGUCAAAUUAAAUGCACAAAUUAUAUCAUAUAAUUUCAAAUUGCAAAUGUUAAAAUCAGAUUUACAUGUACAAAACCCACCUAACCAGCAAGUGUAUUUUUCCAGGCUGUCCAGUCUCCAGAACUGCCGGGAAUCCAACUCACUCCGCUGCACUCCUGUCCACUCACCUGCCUGCUCACCUGUUGUUGCCUGUUCCAUCUGUGCCCAGUGCUGUGCCCUCCUCUGCAGCCGCACUCCUGCCUACUCACCUGUCCACUCACCUGCUGUCGCCUGCUCCAUCUGUGCCCAGUGUUGUGCCCUCCUCUGCAACCCCACCGGUUGUCCAGUCUCCAGAACUGCCCGGGAAUCCAACUCACUCUGCUGCAUUCCUGUCCACUCACCUGUCCACUCACCUGCCGUUGCCUCUUCCGUCUGUGCCCAGUGCUGUGCCCUCCUCUGCAGCCAGUGCCCAGUCUCAGUCCGCUGCACUCCUGUCUACUCACCUGUCCACUCACCUGCCGUUGCCUGUUCCUUCUGUGCCCAGUGCUGUGCCCUCCUCUGCAGUUCUGCUGGCUGUUGAUCAGCAAGGGGUUCCCGGUAUGGACAGGGCGGACGUGUUGGCAGAGUACUUGGUGGAACUGCGCAGUCAGACAGCUUUAACACUCACCAACCAGCAAGUGGCCACCAUUGUCAGUCUGUGGGACAACCUGGAACAGUUAGACAAGGACAUGAUCUCCUAA